UUGUCGCUCAGGUGUAUGAACUGUCGAAAACAACUUCCCAGAGACGAAAAGUGGAGCAAAUGUUUAUGGACGAGAUGUAGUACUUGUUUUGAUGACAAAUAAAAGGCGGCUAUCACAACAAUAAGUUAGGAGUUGGUACGUGGACGAACCGUCAACUACAGGAAGUCAUGUCUGUGGGCAGUGCGGGCAACGUGAGAGACACCUCGAGGCCUAGCAGCUACCAGCAAGGACUGAAACAGACGAGCAGCCAGAGGUCUUCCUCCUAUGAGGAACGCUGUGUGGACCCUGCAGAGCCAGAGACCCAGAAGCUGAGGACAGGCCAAUACAAGGAUGCAAAUGGGAAGCAGUCUGAGACAACAGGUUUUAUCACUUAUUCAGCCGAGCCUCCCUCUACCAGUCAAACCUGCAAUCCCUGCGCUUCCCCAAGGGCUUGCAGGACUUUUAUGUGCAGUGUUCUGACCUGUGGCCUUUAUAGAAUGUGUAUGCGUGCCCCGUGUCUGCCGCCAAAACAGAACACCACAGAGGAGCCAGAAAAGCUGAGCCUUCGAGCUGAGAAUGCGGUAGACAAGCAAGAAGAGGAAGACGACUGGCUGGGGGACGUCUGCAUUAAUGGAGUCAAAGUGGACAGUCCGAGAGAUUAUAUAGUAACUGAAGAUGUGAUAUACGUGCCUCAAAAGCAGCCCUGCCAUCUAUCCCUGCAGGAGUGUAUAAGGCUAGACGACUGGGAGGACGGCGAGGAGAACGUAGACUCGCUGAUUACGAAGAAGCUGCUGGAGCUUUACACGGAGUAUCAGAUAGAAGAGUUGGCCCGGUGCACGUCGGACUCUGUGUUUUUGCGCAAGAGCAAGGACAUCAACCAGCUCAUCAACACGUUGGCCGAGGAGCAUCAAAUGGACGAGCAGGAGGCCGAGUGCCGGCUGGUGCGCGGCAUCAUCCGCAUCAGCACUCGCAAGAGCAAGAAGAAGAAGAGGCCGCACGUCUCCCGCACGGAGAGAACGCUGUCGGACAGCGGCAACGAGACCAUGAGGGAGAGCAGCUCUUUUACGUUCAGCAACAACAACGACUACAAAUCCAAUCCAAAUAUUCAAAUAUCAGAAUUGACUUCCUCUGACAAGUGUGCCCGGGACAUGUGGAGGAACAAUGGAGGUCGAACCUCCAGCUCGUCAAUAACCUACUCCCCCUCACACACAGAGACUAAUUCGUCAGGUGUCCCGCUAAUUCGCACUUCUGUCAGAACAUGAUUCCUGCCACAUGCUUGCCAUUUAUACGUUUGUACAAUCACGUGUGAAGGACGUCAGCCAACUCAGGGCUCUCUGUUUUGAUAUUUAUGUUCAUUUUUUAGUGUAUAUGUGAUUUAUUAAAUGAUUAACUGAGCUUCACCAGCAGCUCUUGAUGAUUUUUUAAUAAUCACAAUUAGCAUCUUGAUAAAACCAGAAUUUCCUCAUUAUUGUUUUGUAAUUUAUAUAUUUUUCACUUACACAUCUCGCUUGUUAUACAUAUAUACUGCAACAUAUGUUUAAAUGAGGCAUUGUGAAUAUUGUUAAUGGGCCCCAUGAAACCUCAUGUGGGAAGUUUUCCAGAUGUCUGUUUGUCCUCUCGUAUCUGCGCUAUAGCUACUGCGGAUUCAUGCACUCAGGUAUAGCUAAUUCUGUUAUUCUUAAAUUAAUGGUGUAUUUUGCACCGAUUUUCUGCCCUCGCUUGCCCCAUGGUGUCAUCUGUCUAUUUUAAUUCCAUGCAACAAAUGAAUUACUUUUUGUCCUGGACCAAAUAUUAAAGUAAUGCUGUGUUUUUUUAAUGAAGUGGUUUACAAAAUAAAUCCAGUGAGGCU